CCAGCUCUGCUGGUGUUGCUGUUCUGUCUGUCUGGGACAUGGGGUCAGGGAGAGAGUGGAGGGGUUAGGGAGAAUGACAUCACUCAACAGGGUCACAGCGAACUGGGGGAGAGCAGUGAUAAUGGCGGUUCUCACAUCUGGGCUGAGCUGAAAGCACUGAGAGACAAAGUGCACAGUAUGGGAACCAUCCUGGUGGAGCAGAGAGUGGAGCUGAGGUACAUGGGAAACAGAUUGUCAGCUAGUGAGAGCCAGGUGGAGGAACUGAAGAGAGACAAUGCAGCCCUGGAGACCAGACUGAGUGUCAGUGAAAGGCUGGGAGAGGAGCUGAAGACAGAGAAUGCAGCCCAGGCAGAAGAACUGUCAGCCUUGCGGAGCCAGGUGGAGGAGCUGAAGAGAGAGAACACAGACAGACCAAAGGUGGCCUUCUCUGCUGGUUUGACUAACUCAGGAGAUGUAGGACCCUUCAAUACUGAGACCCAACUGAUCUACACCAAAGUCUUCACAAACAUCGGCAACACCUACAACCCAGUGACAGGUAUCUUCACAGCACCAGUGAGAGGAGUAUACUACUUCAGGUUUUCUAUGCUUUCUAAUAAAAACGAAUUGCUUGGGGGUGUAAACUUGUACAGGAAUGGCCAAAUAAUAUUGCAUAAUGGUCAGUAUUACAAUGCUGGGAAUGAGUAUGUGUGCAAUGGAGUGACUCUGCAUCUGCAAAGGGGUGAUACGGUCCAUAUGCGCCUUCCCAAAGACUGGGCAGUGUAUGACGAUUAUUCUAACCACAGCACCUUCAGUGGCUUCCUGCUCUUCCCUAUGUGAGGGGAACGCCAAGAAAGCUGUAGUUUAGUGGUGGGAAUAAUCUGUUGGUAUAAAGCCUCCUAUAGGGCUCAAUGUUAUUUUGACAUAGGCCUAUAUAUGGGUAAACGCAAUAAAAAUUCAAAUGGACUGCCAAACGUUGGGUUCCCAAUAAAUGAC